AUGGGGGUUCCCUGGACCAUCCUGCUCUGCUGCUUUGGGGCUGUGCUCUGCCUGAGAGGAUCCCAAGCCCUGCAGUGCUACAGCUUUGAACACAUCUACUCCAGUCCCUUUGACCUCAGCGGCAAGAAGCUCCCCACAGUCUCCUGUUCCAAUCAAUGCUUUGAGGCUGUCAGCUCCCUCAGCACAGGGUAUCGCUCCUCCGUGACGCUGGUGAAGAAGGGCUGCUGGACAGGCUCGCCUAACGGCCAGAUGGAGGUGAACCAAGACUCGCUGCCGCCGGACUACUCGCUGGUGCGCGGCUGCGCCACCGACCUGUGCAACGUGGACAUCGUAAGCCACGACAGCAUCCCCAACCUGAGCCCAGCGCCCAACCCACCAUUGCUCAGCGGCACGGAGUGCUAUGCCUGCUUGGGGACCUUCCCGGAGGACUGCACUGUCAGCAAGUCCCGGCGGGUCCAGUGUCACCUGGACGAGAGCGUCUGCUUCCAGGGCAAUGGCCGAAUGACCAUUGCCAAUUCCUCAGUCCCUGUGUACAUCAGAACCUGCCACCGGCCCUCCUGCACCGUCGUGGGCACCAGCAGCCCCUGGACGGACAUCGACCUGCAGGGCUCCUGCUGCAAGGGCAAUCUGUGCAACCAGGACUCUGUGGUUCCGCUCUUCACCGCUGCAGCUGCCCCUCCCCAGGCACCGUGCUUAGUGGUCCUGCUCCUCACAGUUCCCCUGCUGGUGGGCGUUCUGGUUGGACCCCUCGGGCUCUCCUUGUAG